CAAAAAUAAUGUGUUCAAACCCUCUGUCGACCCCCACAGACAAGCACAUCUACAAGAUGUAUCUGUUCAAGCACAAGUGGCACCCGGGCAGCACCCAGUGCGGCUGGGGGCACUCCGUCGGCUGCCACUGCCACCCGACCUGGAUGCAUGACCUGACCAAGCAGCCCGAGCUCUAUGACCUCAAGGUUGACCCCUACGAGGACAAGGAGCCGAUCAGCCCCGACACGAAGGAGUACAAGGAGGUGGUGGGGCAUCUGCAGAAGUACCUGGAGGAGUGGCAUCGGAACGUGCACUACCCGACGCCACAGCUGACCUCCCUCUUCGAAGUCGCUUGGACGCCCUGGAUGCAGCCCUUCUGUCUCAGCUGUUGACGGGGGGGCCACGG